AUGUCUCUGCAUAACUCAUUCGAUACUGAAGAUAACCCUUUUUCUAACAUGUUUAGUUCUGGAGCUGUCAAUCCUCCAUUGGAACAACUACAAAGUAACAGCAAUGGAAACAAUGAACUCACAUAUGACUAUGGCAAUGAGAAUGAAGUAGAAGGCCACGAUGACUUAAAACCUCAGAGUCCAACUGACAGGAGUCCCUCUAAUUUUUCUUCCACCACGAGUUCCCCUACAUCAUCAAACAUCAACUAUGAACCGUAUGAGAAUCUCUCAAAAUCUAUGGCUAUCACUCAACCAUUGCAAUACUUAGAUGGCGAAAAAGUGACUAUCAAGAUCGUAGAUACUGGAAGAUACACAGAUCCUUACGGUAAGAAAAAUGCUAUAGGCUACGUUAUUCAAUACAAUGAUAAAGAGGUGGUUAGAAGAUAUUCAGAAUUUGAUAAUUUGAAUAAGAUACUAAUCAAGUUAUACCCUACCAUAAUAAUACCGCCAAUACCAUCAAAACAUUCUAUUUUAAAAUAUUUCUUAAGCCCUAUUCAUGCGCAAAACGAUCCAAAAAUAAUAAAUACAAGAAAGAGGAGGUUUCAAUCCUUUUUAAAUAAUUGUUAUAGAGUACAAGAGAUUAGAAAAUGUAUCAUAUUCCAAAAAUUCUUAAAUCCCGAAUAUAUUUGGAAAGAUGUCCUGAGUUCUCCACCAGUAACAAUUUUACCAUUAAAUAAUUUGUUGGCACCACCUUUAAAUCCAACUAAGCCAAGCCCUUUACAUUUACUCCUACCAGCUCCCAAUGCCAAUACAAAAAUUGAAUCAAACUUGACCAUUGAUCGUAAUGGAGAGGAUAGUGAAGACACAUUAAUACAUAAAUAUGAUAACCAACUUUAUCAAGUGGAAUUAAGAUUAUCCAAUUAUUUAAGCAAAUUUCAACCAAUGUCCAAUAAGAUCAAACAAAAUAAAUUUCAUUUACACUCAUUAUCAUCAAAUUUAGCUGAAUUGGGAGCCUAUUACAAUUCUUUAAGCAUAGAUUAUACAAAACUAAAACAGCUGUCAAUGGGCAUUGAAAGAAUCGGCCAUUCAUUUGAUGUUAAUUAUGUGAGUCUAGAGAUUUUAAUUGAGAAUAUUAACAAUUUAAUAGAAGAACAAAUUGAUGAAAUCAUUGGUUUUUUAACUGAUUCCAAAAGGGUUAUUAUAUUUAAAAACUUAAAGAUCCUACAAUAUAGAAUAAUUGCCACUACAAUUAAAAAACGUAGUGGGAGGAUUAAAGAAUUGAGAAACUUUGAAGAAAAAUUGCAUAAAUUAGAUGAAUCGUUCCAUGAAUCUGAAUCACAAGGUGACAAUGACGCUAACUUACAUCACACUCAAAAUAGAGAUAUUUUAUCACAUAUUAACGAACGCCAAGUACAAUUACAACUUCAAAAGAAGAGGAAAAAAUUGAAAAGACCUACCACCAAUUUAGAACCGGAAUUUUUGACUAAGAUAGAAAGAACUAACGAAAUUGAGAGGCUCACCAAAGAAGUUGAUAAAUUGAAUGAAUGUUUUAAAUUAGUAAAAAAAGACAUAAGUGAAGUAAUAGCUUCAACUCUGUCAUCUUUGGAACUUUUAGAUGAAUUUAUUGAAAAGAAACUAAAGUUGAUGUUAAAUAACUUGACACAAGCUAUCUUAAACUGGAUAACUGAAAGUUUAAAAGCGUGGAAAGAAGCAAAGAUACAGAUUGAUAAGAUUUAA